UUUCGACGGUUCCAGCGGUAAGCACGACUUUUUUAGGAGUCCGCCAGUUUGCAGCACCUUGUUUGAUCGUUGUAUUUUUCCAUUCUCUCUUCAACAUACCUCUCGUUGUUGAAUUGACUGAGGCAGUCAGCGAAAGUGCAGUGAGUCUGUUUGCUGUAUUAUAUAACCUAUAAAAGAAAGGGAUCGCGAAGAAAAGGUGAUUGAACCGUAACGUCGACACGAUGCUGGUCAAGAUUGUUCUUCUGGUGACCCUGGCCGUGGUUUCGAGCCACGCGCAAUCAAAGGUACCGGUCUCCGUGUACUACGAAUCGCUCUGCCCGGACAGUGCCAAGUUCAUCAACGAGCAGCUAUAUCCAACGGUGAAGCAAUUCCGGGGCAACGUCGACUUGAAGUUCAUUCCGUUCGGCAAGUCCAGCUACCGGACCCAGGGUUCGGAAACGCUAUUCGAGUGUCACCAUGGGCCGAACGAGUGCUACGGCAACAAAGUGCAUGCCUGCGCCUUAACCAGCAUCGAGGGUAACUCGUAUCAACCGAACAACACCAAGGAAGCUCUGACCCUGGAAUACAUCAACUGCUUGAUGGAGCGUGCCCAGUUCAAGAGCGGCGAGUUUCCCGGAAAGGUUUGCGCCGAUCAGUUCGAGAUCAACUGGGAAACCAUCGAGCAGUGCGCCAACAGCACCCAGGGAAGCACUCUGCUCAAGAACUACGGAAUCGAGACCAACAAUCUCCAGCAACCGCUCAAGAGCGUUCCCACUGUUGCAUUCCGUCAGACCUUCGACAGCGACAUCCAGAAGCUGGCCGUGGACAACUUCCGUGCUGCUUUGUGCAAGAAUCUGAGCCCCUCGCCGGUUGAGUGCCGUGUUGGCCCAGGAGGCGGUGCUUCGGCCGUUGCCUCGUUCGGACUGCUCACCGUUGCAGCUCUGAUUCUCACGCGUCUGUUCUAAUGUUAAGAGUAUUUAGGAUUAAACUCCCCCAACUGGAUCUAUCUGCAUCCAUCCAUCCGUCCAUUACCGCCUCUCACGUGGUGCAUUUAAAUGCUAUGCAAUCAUUCCGCCCAAGUACUUUAAAAAAGUCGUUGUUUGAAACAAUUUGCAAUUGUGCAUGUUUUAAAUCAUUAGAUUAAUUAUUGACGUUUAAAGUUUGCAAACGAAGAUUUAUGUGAAUGUAAAAGUAAAACAAAAUUCUAGAAAUAAAGUGAUUUUACUUAAAUUGAAA